ACCACCAUCAUCAUCAUCACCACCCCGGAGCGUUUCUAAUCUGGCGUGACUCUGGUACCCAAAGCUUCAUCCAGACCUCUGCCUCGUCGUGUCCAGGUGGAAAGGCAGCGGGGGAGACUCUCUGUCCGGCUCACACCGACUGUUUAGCGGCCGCUCUUCAGCCCACGAACACCAGCGGUUCUGUUCCAGCUCUUAGCUGAGGAUUGGCAUCUCCUCCAUUACCACUGCUAAAUUCCUGAGCAGCCAUGCCUGUAGCGCUUGGUGGACCGGUGGGAUACACGCCACCUGAAGGUGGCUGGGGCUGGGCUGUAGUGGCUGGUGCCUUCAUCAGCAUUGGCUUCUCCUACGCCUUCCCCAAAUCCAUCACAGUCUUCUUCAAAGASAUUGAGGUCGUCUUUGAUGCCACACCAAGUCAGGUUUCUUGGAUUUCCUCCAUCAUGCUGGCCGUCAUGUACGGAGGAGGUCCAAUCAGCAGCAUCCUGGUAAACAAAUUCGGCAGUCGACCGAUCAUCAUCCUCGGUGGUUGUCUGGCAGGUUCAGGGCUGAUUGCAGCCUCUUUUUGUAACACGGUGGAGCAGCUGUACUUCUUCAUUGGAGUAGUGGGAGGUUUGGGUUUAGCGUUCAACUUAAACCCCGCCCUCACCAUGAUCGGUAAAUACUUCUUCUUACGCCGGCCCAUCGCCAACGGCAUCGCCAUGGCAGGCAGCCCCGUGUUCCUGUCCACCCUGGCUCCCAUCAACACGUGGCUGUAUGACGAGUUCGGCUGGCGAGGCAGCUUCCUGAUCCUGGGAGGCCUCCUGUUCAACUGCUGCGUGGCCGGCGCUCUGAUGCGUCCCAUCGGACCCAAGCCUCAGCCGGCCAAGCCUGACACGGAGGCCGCAGAGGGCAAAGCCGUGCAGCCGCAGCCCAAGAAGACGGUUCUACAGACCAUCAACUCCUUCAUCGACCUGACGCUCUUCAAACACCGCGGCUUCCUGCUCUACCUGAUGGGCAACGUGGUCAUGUUCUUCGGCCUGUUUUCUCCACUCAUCUUCCUCUCCAGUUACGCCAAGAGUAAAGGCAUCAGCAAAGAGAAGGCCGCCCUCCUUCUGUCAAYUCUGGCGUUUGUCGACAUGUUUGCCCGGCCCUCCAUGGGAUUUCUGGCCAACACUAAGUGGGUCCGCCCCCGAGUGCAGUACUACUUUGCAGCCUCUGUCCUCUACAAUGGCCUGUGUCACAUCAUGGCCCCCCUUUCAGAGGACUUCACAGGAUUUGUGGUGUACGCCAUCUUCUUCGGCUUUGCAUUCGGCUGGCUGAGCGCCGUGUUGUUCGAGACCCUGAUGGACCUGGUGGGAGCCCAGAGGUUCUCUUCUGCCGUGGGUCUCGUCACCAUUGUGGAGUGUGGCCCGGUCCUGUUGGGCCCCCCGCUAACAAGCAGCUUCUACGACUACUACAAGCACUAUAACUACACCUACAUCACCUGCGGAGUCAUCCUCAUCAUCGCCAGCAUCUUCCUCUUCGUGGGCAUGGGCAUCAACUACCGCCUGCUGGAUCAGGAGAAGAAGGAAGAGGAGAGGAAGGAGCGGGAGGAGCCCAAAGAGGAGCGCACCGCCAUGCUGGAGGCUCCGUCGCCACAGAAGUCUGAGGCGGCAGAAAACGACGAGUCUGCCGCCAUCACGCUGGACAACGUGGCCAAGAUGGACGAGGACACGGUGUAGAGCGGUCAAACAGGGACAGGAGGGACGCACGUGAGCAGCAGUUACAAUCACACCCCGCCGUUUUAUACAACCAUAAAGCCAUAGAAACCAUUUGAUCAGUGAGAGCUGCCCGCUGGUUCUCUGUCCUCUACGUGCCUUUAGACAGCUCGCGGGUUCCAGGAUCAUGUUCAACGCCACAUAGAAGCACAACGAGUGACUGUAAACUAACCACCCAGGUACAUAACACAGACUUCCUCUCAGGGUCUUGUGUUGCUGUUCAGAACCUCACUUUUUACAAAUCACCCACACGGUCAGUUUUUAUUUUUUAUUUUAAUUUUUUUGUUGUUGCCCUCGGAUAGCAAACCGCUCUGCACUCAUGUUGCUUCAUCCAAGGGCUGUAUCCAAACAAAAAGCUUGUGUUAAUGUUGUUGUGGCGACGUAUAUCUCUUAGCUUUGAGUGUUUGAACAUUUACAGCUCGUCUCUGCUGCAGAACAAACCUAGCAUCAAAUAUUUUGAAGCUUUUUCUACAAUAAGACCAGCUUUUAUGUAAGAACAAAGAGGUGGGAACAUUUCAUGUCUGCAGUUUUCACUAACCGUUAAACACGAGUCGUUUUGUUCCAUAAAACCUGCAGAGCAGAGGAUCUGAUGCUGCUGGCAGGUUUGACUGAAUCAUUCAGUUUGAAGGUUUAAAUGUUGGACAUGCAGCCCGUUUCUGAAAGGGUCAGACCCAAGCUCAUUUCUUAUGAUCUGUCAAAAACAUGGUUUUGAUGAAUUUGUAACAGAUUUUACAGGUUAGUGCGUGUGAGUAGAGCUUUUAAAGCGUAGCUGUCGUCUUUCUCCGGUCUGUUUUUAAGAUUUAGCCACUAAAGUAUCAAUGAACCUGCAGCACCUUCCUGAACAGAAYAAAUCAUAUCAGAGCAAAGUUCAAACUUAGAAGAUGUCCGCUGACGAGGCAGAGUCCAGAUCAGAGGGAACAGAUUUAAACGAGUUUUUUAACAAACCAGGCUGCAGCUGCAGAAAACAUGACUGUGAAACACUAAUAUUAGUGAAGAGCUGCAGCAUGAAACAUGAGUGGGUGAAGCAACGAGCUGCAGCCGGAGACACCAUGUCUGAAGGUUUUUGUGUAUUCUGUUUGUUGGAUAGAGCUGUUAGWGGGAAAACAUGACCAAAUGGUAGUUGUCAAACCAGUGAAGGUGGCGUCUCUCUGGACUGGGACACAAAAUUAUAAGAAAAUAACUCAAUUCAUCGACGUUUAGGGUUUAAUUUAGAACAUUCAGAUUGGUUUAAGGUGUCCUGUCUCUAGUUUGAGAUGAAAUCUUUUGCACAAGCACCAGGACUGAGUGCCUCUAACUCGAAGGGAAUCCUGAGCGAGUGGUUCUGCAGACGCCUUCCUGUCAAUCGACAAGUCGCCACCCGGGCAGAGACCCACCUUCAGUGUAAAUUGUUUCAAUUUGAAUGGAAACUGCGUAAGUUAAUUAUUGAGGCACCUUUGGUACCAAUGGGAAUGGGUUUUUGUUUUGUUUUGUUUUUUUUGGGGUUUUUUUUGUUUUGUUUUGUUUUCUAAUGGACCUUUCCUCUGGUUUAUCCACCUGUCCACACACUUUACUGGGAAGCACCUGGGCAGGUGUGUAUGUCAAGAGAAAAAAAYGGUUUGUCCACAUUCCCCUGCUGCAAACCCUCAUGUUCCUUCAGUGACGGCACCAGACGAUGUUUAAAGAGGGCGACUCACUGAAGCAUCAGUUUUAAAACAUUUUUAUCUUUUUAAUACUUUUUAGAUUGUUUUAAAUUUUAUUUGAUGGUACCGUAGUUAAACACUGCACCUUUGUUUCAUAACGAACAAAUAACUUGUUAAGUUUCUUGGAAAAAAAUUAGYUUUUUUAUUAGUUUUUUGCAGUGGCUGUGUUUGUGUGAACUUUGACUGGUAAAUAAAUGCCUGUUCAAACUUCUUGAA